GCGCAGCGGCCGCCCGCCAUGGAGCGCUCUCCGGCCGCCUCUGCCGUGGCCGCGGCUCCGGGCGCCGGGCAACGGGAUGCAGUAGCGGCCGCCGCGGGACGGGAGGCAUCGGAGGUCGGACACAGCCCCCUGCUGCAGUCGCUGAGCUGCUCGCAGAGCCUGGAGCAGCGGCUGAGCGAGCUGGGCAUCAGGAAACAGACGUCGUAUAGGAAAGCGAUCUUGAGAUCAGGCCUCCAGCACCUAGCUCCAGAUCAGGCACCCAGCGCCAUCCCAAAGAACGGACCUACCAGAGAAAUGCGGACCAGCCCCGAUUGGACUGAAAAUGCUUUAAACGGUGACCACAUUUGGAUGGAGACAAACGCCUCUGGAGAUUUCUGCUACCUUGGAGAAGAGAACUGUUUAGUGAAGAUAACCAGGUCAGUUCCAAGGCGGAAAUGUGCAGCCUGCAAGAUAAUUGUGCACACAGUGUGUGUGGAGCAGCUGGAGAAGAUAAAUUUCCGUUGCAAGCCAACCUACCGAGAAGGAGGCAGUCGUUGUCUUCGAGAGCAGAGCUUUGUCAGACAUCACUGGGUUCACAGACGCCGUCAGGAAGGAAAAUGCAAGCAGUGUGGGAAGGGUUUCCAGCAGAAGUUUUCAUUCCAUACGAAGGAAAUCAUAGCCAUCAGCUGCUCCUGGUGCAAGCAGGCAUUUCACAAUAAAGUGACAUGUUUCAUGUUGCAUCACAUCGAGGAGCCAUGUUCGUUAGGUGUGCAUGCCGCAGUCAUUAUACCCCCAACAUGGAUAAUAAAGGUGAAAAAACCACAGAACUCCUUCAAGUCUUCAAGUAGAAGGAAAAAGAGGACAUCGUUGAAGAGAAAAACCAGCAGGAAAGGAGCAGACGAAAGCAAAUGGAAGCCAUUUAUAAUCAAACCCAUUCCUUCACCCUUGAUGAAACCACUUCUGGUGUUUGUCAAUCCAAAGAGUGGCGGAAACCAGGGAAACAAGGUCCUCCAGAUGUUCAUGUGGUGUCUAAAUCCACGACAAGUCUUCGACCUCUCACGGGGAGGACCAAAAGAAGCUUUGGAACUCUACAGGAAGGUGGCAAACCUGCGGAUUCUGGCCUGUGGCGGUGACGGAACGGUUGGCUGGAUUCUUUCCUUGUUGGAUGAUCUGCAGCUCAGACCCCAGCCUCCUGUUGCAGUCCUCCCACUGGGGACGGGAAAUGACCUGGCCCGUACUCUCAACUGGGGAGGGGGAUACACAGACGAACCAGUCUCAAAAAUCCUUUGCCACGUGGAGGAGGGUAACAUUGUACAGUUAGACCGCUGGAACCUGCAGCUUCAGAACAAUCCACAUCUACAAGACGACUCCGAAGAAGGGACUCAGAAGCUUCCACUUGGUGUCUUUAACAAUUACUUCAGUCUGGGCUUCGAUGCCCACGUGACACUUGAAUUCCACGAGUCUCGAGAAGCAAAUCCGGAACGGUUUAACAGUCGAUUUAGGAACAAGAUGUUUUAUGCAGGGACUGCAUUUUCAGACUUUCUGCAGAGAAGCUCUCGAGAUUUAUCCAAACACAUUAGAGUUGUGUGUGACGGCACUGAUUUGACACCCAAAAUCCAGGACUUGAAAUUCCAAUGUAUCGUCUUCCUCAAUAUUCCCAGGUAUUGUGCAGGCACAAUGCCUUGGGGUAACCCAGGAGAUCACCGGGACUUUGAGCCGCAGCGGCACGACGACGGCUGCAUUGAGGUGAUCGGUUUUACCAUGGCGUCUCUGGCCGCCCUUCAGGUCGGAGGUCAUGGGGAGCGGCUGCACCAGUGCCGAGAGGUGGUCCUCACCACCUACAAGACCAUCCCCAUGCAGGUGGAUGGAGAACCCUGCCGACUGAGUCCAUCGGUCAUCCGCAUCUCGCUGAGGAACCAGGCCAAUAUGGUGCAGAAGUGCAAACGGCGGACCUCCAUGCCGUUACUGAACGACCCACACACUGUCCCCGGCCGACUUCGGAUGCGGGUGAACAGGAUCGGUCUCCAGGAUUACGAGAGCAUGCAGUACACCAAGCACAGGCUGCAGGAGACGUCCAUACCACUGGGAAUUAUCGUCAUCCACGGAGACUGUGACCUGGAGACAUGCCGCAAGUACAUUGACCGGCUGCAGGAGGACUUUUAUCCACUGGCACCAGAUGGACAUCAGAUUAAUUACCAGGACAGUGAGACUUACCAGCGACAGAUGUUGUCUUCCCAGAAUCUUUCUUCCAAAUGGUGCUUCCUUGACUCAACCUCCUUGGAUCGAUUCUACCGCAUUGACAGAGCCCAGGAACAUCUCCACUUUGUGACAGAGGUGGCUCAUGACGAGCUCUUUAUUCUGGAUCCUGAGAUAGCGACCACUGUGAAGGCAGGGACAACCCCAGAGAUGCCGGACCUCGUGGUGGAACCUUCCCCAGGGAAAACAGAACUAUGGAAUGGCUCCAGUGUGAAGUGGAUUGGAAGUGACAGCUGUGACUCUGAGUCUGGGCUACAACACCAACUUCUUGGCAGACAGUCGGGCACCUUAGGACUCCAGAGGCUCAGGCUUCCUUCAUCUUCUGAGGAACAAGAACUUAUUCAUUCAGUCCUGGAGGGAAACAUGCAAAAGUUCAUCGACUCUUACACUAAGGGGACAAGCCUGAUGGUGUGCACGACUGAGGGAUACUCUGUGCUCCACUGCGCAGCUAAGAAUGGCCACAAAGAACUUGUAAAGUACAUUAUAGAACAUGGUCCUCGUGAGUUAUUAGAUGUAGCAGUAGCGGAAACGGGCGAGACAGCGUUACAUAAAGCAGCAUCUCAUCGGUAUCGUACAAUAUGUCGCAGUUUAAUGAAUGCUGGGGCGUCGCUGACACAGACUGAUUUGGAGGGCAACACUGCGGGUCACAAAGCAGAGGAGGCAGGGGACCUGGAGCUUGCUGCUUACCUGGAGAACAGACAGCAACACCAGUCGGCGGGGCGCGAGGAUCUGGAGACAGCAGUCUGAGAACGAUGAUGUUGCGGAGACCUUGGAGGGGAGUGCAGGGUUGUCCCAAGAGAGCUUUAUGCACUUCCCAUUGGGACUCCCAGCGGCCAUAUCUCUUUGAACACUGCCGCUGGUUAAAGGGAAAGGGAUGGCAAUGAGAAAAGAGGGGAAGUAGUCAUGGAAAUUGCAAAGAAGAUAAUUCCUGCCAUUCAGAGAGCCGGAUGAAGGGCAGAACCAAGUGACACCUGACCUCGUUGAUUCCCAUCCAAUCUCAACGCUGCAGCUCUCAUCAAAAACUGCAGAUGGACCUCUUACAGGAAAAGCUUUCAGUCUGCACGUCACAAUGAGAACAGCCAAUCUUCACAAUUCCCUCAUACAGCAACAGGGGCCUCUUGCCGUUUCCUCCCACUGUUAACUCCCACUCAAAUCAAGUAGAAGAGAUGCCAGUUGAGUCUGUGUGCACCUCUUCAGAAUGUCACAACUAGGCAAGUCCUCCAGAGUCCAGUGGUGGUGAUCAAGGACUUGGCGAGUUUAUGUUUGGCAAACCUCCUCUUACCCUAAUGCAUGCAUCAAUGACCCUCUUUGGCAGAGGGCAAUUUUUCACCCGGGGCAGAGUUUGAUAUGAUCUUGGAGAUAUGUGCUGAACUGAGGGAGGUUCUUGCUCUCUCACAGCAAGGCGAGAAGCUAUCUUUAGGCAAAAGCAUUGAGUUUGGACUGUUCCAAAUUGCAGAAACUAGAGCUGUGGAAGGCUGGUCAGAACCAUACUAGUUCAUAAAUGGGCAAAUCUACUUGAUGUACAAUAUUUCCUUUGACAAAUGCUUUAGCGACAUCUUUGCCUUUGGACGGGUUUGAAUGUUUUCGGAAAGCUUGACAUCAUUUCAGAGUGCGGGUGGAUGGUUAAAAUUAUGGUCUGUUCUUCCUUGGAAUUGUCACCACUUUGAUUGCCAUGGGCCUUUUUAUUCAUCCACCUAGUUCCAUUUCCACAAACAUAUCGAUGAGGUGGACCGUCUUGCCCCAUCACCACAACCAUAUUGCUACUGGAGAUUCCAAAGCCAACUCUGCCCCCUCCCCUCUCCCUCCUUCCCGAAUUAGAUCUAAGGGUGCAAAAAGCUGGUUCCCUUUCCAAUUUAAUGGGACAGUUGGAAAGUAAAUGUGACGGCUUUUCUUUGGAAUUUGAUUUAGUUUCAGGGUUGUCGUGGAACCCAAUCAUCCAGAAAACUUAACCAGUGACUUUCCACAAUUAAAAAAACUUAAGCUGUGAUUUGGGCAACAGGGUGAGGUCAGUCGAGUCCGACUGAUGUUAACCAAGCUACAAGAGGCUGGUAGAUUCAGAGGGUGGAUAGGACUUUGAAUGUGAUUCUGCUCCGCUGAGGUGAGCAGGAUCAUUUCCAUUUCCUGCACCUUCACCUUCACUCUCACUCAUUCCCAAAACAGUGAUUGAGCUCCCUCCCUCUAACACCUCCAUUCAACGUCAUCUUUCAUCACCUCAAGCAUCUUCUCCAAAAAAAUGUCCUCUCCUUUCCCUCUUCAACCUCCUUGCACAAUAUCCUGAUCAAUCACUGAUGCUCCUCUGAUCAGGGAGGUGACAAGAUCACUUGCUUGUGUAGUUUCCCCAGGGGGAAGGAAGACAAGACAUUUGUGCCUGGUUUGGGGUCAACACUACAGGGUCACACAAGUGGCUCCAGCCUCCGGACCAGCCUACGCAGCACCCUCCCUCCCGCAAGUGUGGCCACAUCAGUGACUGGCUGAGUUACUCCUGCAUUUUGUGUCAUUGUCCCCCCCUCUCUUGCUGCGGCCGUCACCCCACCUCCCUGAAACACACUCCCCAGGAGCCUCAGGUACCAAAGGGCAAUGGAAACUAACCCCGUGUAAAAUAAUUAAAUCAGGGUAGAAACAUAAGUCAUGAAUGGUAACAACAGUAAGGUUAAAAUGUGGACCAGAUGCAUGAUCUUUGUAUAAAUGUCUGGGAGUUAGGGAACAUAAAAAACAGACAAUGUCACAAAACAGCCAGCAACAAGAGGCGAGUGCAAAAUGAAAAGAGUGAAACUAACUAAACUAAGUAUUUUUAGAGAAACUACUUGCUUCCUCCCAGAGGCCAGAUCUGCAGAUGCAGUAGUUGAAGGGAAAAGGUCACAGGGCUGGUAACUGGGACUGCCAUGUGCUCUUGUGAAUCCCAUUGUAAGCACGAAGGUAGAAGAUGUGUCCCAAUGGAAAUGGAAAAAUAAGGAAGUGGCUGACUUGGUAUUAGUGUUCAUGGUGGAGAACAAAGUGCGUAGGCUGAGCAUCCCACUGGAACCACUAUUGAACUGGGAACAAACAGUCACCCAGAUUAAUGUGCCACGUACGGUAAUAAAGAAGAUCAUGGGACUAAGUAGUGAUAAUUCACCUGGACGAGGUAGAUUCCAGCCCAGGGUUUUAAACAAGAUGCUGUCUUCUAGUGAGUGGACCAAAAUGAGGGGGGAAACUUCAUCCUCAUCAGUUUACCUGCUGCAGAUGUAUCCGUUCAUAGCACUAUCGGGAGAAGUGAUCACCACAACGUACUUUGUGGAGGCAAAAGACCGCCAUCACUCAGGGCAAUCUACACUGUGUUACCUGGCACCACGGCUAUGCUCAAUCAGAUACAUCCAGUCCAUCAGAUAGCAGGCAGUUGAAGAAUGAUGAUGGCGAGAUGCAACUUCAUCAUUGGUGACGAUCUGGUAUCCUGGAAAUUCAAUGGGAUUAAACAGCCUGGGACCUCAUGGCCAGAAUGUCCCUUUAAACAUCAAACUUCAGGAGUAUGCCAGCAAAAACCAAGCGUAUCGAACACCAGGUGUCAACUCUCUGUGUUUAAACUGUGAGCCACCACUAUGCAAUUGCACAAUUGAUUAGGUUGUGGUCUUGCCAGUCAUUUAUAUUGUUGGAGAUUUAAACAACUACCUGGAACAGACAACAUCACAACUCAGUACUUGUGCCAAAAUCAAAACUGAAGCUGUUGCCAGUGUUUUUGGAGAUGUGCCGGCUGGGGUAUCCGUCUCAGCUUGCGCUCCAGAGGACCCCACCGUUCCACCUGCCAGCCUCGGGCAAAUUCAAUUCGUAUCACAUGGGAUCAAGAAAUGGUUGAGUGGAUGGGGCAAAGCAAAGACUGUGGUCUGUGUUGUAGGGGCAUUGCUAAGAACUCGUGCAUCUGAGCGAGCCAACCCUCUGAUCCACCUGCCCAAGUGCAAUUACAACGCUGCCUACCUGGUGAGAGGUUGCUCAGAUAUGCCCUGUUUACAAGUGCAAAGUACAAAUUACAGCCAGUUUUCACAGUACUCUGUGAGUGGAAGGUAUACGAUUUAAUAUUUUUCACAUCUCUUUCAGAGAACAACUUACCUUGUUGUGAUGUGUGUGUGAUGCCAAGUAUUGGAAAAUGUAACAGAAAAGGUAGUCAUUUCCUACUUGCCACUUACCAGUUCACCAACGCCCUAAAACUUGGUUUAAAAGGUUUGUUUAAUGCGUGUGAAAGGUGGGAAAAUUAGGGGAGGGAAUUCCAAGCUUAACCUUGGCAGCCGAAGACACAGCCAAGAAUGGUUGGGCAACCAAGGUCAUUGAUGAUGGUCAGAAUUAAAGCACUACAUACCUUGGACUGGAGGAGGUUAAAUCGGGAACAUGAGACCAUGAUGGGAUGGGAAUUCUAGAAUGUUAAUGAGCAAGUACAGCGGUGAGCCUUGGUCAGAGGUCGGAAACAGGCGACAAUCUCAAGUUCACAGUGAGUAAAACCAGAAGAGCUUUGAAGUAGUCGUAUCCAGAGGUAGCAGAGGCAGGGCCGAUGGUUUCAGCAGUGAAGCCAGAUGGCAUUGCUGCGAUUGAAGCUGGAAGCGCUAAAUGGACUUCUCCUGUUUCUGACACCUCUGCACACUGCUGUGCACAAGAUAUGAUCAUGUCAUCUGAAUAGUUGCUUUCACUGCCCCAAUGCUAAGUGAAUGGUAUGGCUUCAUCCCACAGCAAUGUCAGGCAACAGAUAGGAGUGCUGGGCACUGCAUGUUGAAAAUUAAUUUCUUCCAGAAAUAGUUGCAACACAUCCCUCUUCCCCAUGUACCUGAAGUGUGUUGAAAUGAAAAUGUAAUGGACUAUUGCUAGAUUAUUUACUAGACUGUACGCUUCCUAAUAUGUCACCCGUGUAGAUGUCCACAGGAAUCAUGCACUCUAUAACACACUUCUCCAAUUUUGGAAAUCACACAUCUUCAUUUUAACUCUUACAUUGUCCAACACUUGCAGAGUUUCAGUGAAAUCUUCCUUUUUCCAAUGGUAGUUUGCUUUCAAUCUUUUCUCCUCUCAAACAAUCGCUUUACUUAGAUCACAGUAAUCAAAAAUAAGUGCUGCAACCAAAUUGUUAUACCAAUCCCAAUGUCAGCUAUCCAUCUUCAUUCUGCAGUAAAAAUGAUGUAGAAACAUAUAUAUUCUUACAAGUGGGGCCUAGAUAAAACCGUUGGAUUGUAAUUUCAACACUUCAGUAAACCAAGUCAACUUUAUGCUCAGCCAGUAGGAUUUAUUUCAACAAAAGUCCUUGUUAAGUCAGAGCUACUUGCUAGUCCAUAUCUGGAAUGCAGUACGACUACCGUAAUUACAUCCUGGCCUCGCCAUGCUCACUCUGAUCCUCCUCACUCUCCACACUCUCUUCACGCUUCUCACUGUUGCAGCAAAGCACAUCUUGUCCCUCUGCCAACAUGUGUGCACUGCCUGAAGCAUAAGGGCAACCUUUUGCUCAUUGAGGAUGGUCAGGAAAAAUCUUGGGAGUCACUCAGGCAUGUGGCUUCACUGGCCAAAAUAAGACUUGUAGCAUCUUCCAACUAUUUUGCUGGUGAAAUAUUAAAACUUAGUAAUAUUGCUCAAAAUUCUAGCCUAGCAAUAUCCUUCUGAGUCGCCACAUAAAUUGAGAACAAUAUUAUCUAUUUGCAUUUGUACAGUAUCUUUACCAUCAGGAGAUGUUCCAAGGUAGGCGGAGAGCUAGCAGCAGAGUUUCACUCUGAGGAUAAUUGAGGCCAGACCUGGAAUACAAUGAACCUAAGAACCUAAAAAUAGGUGUUUAUACAGCAAGGGAGGAACAAAAGCACUGAUAGAUUGGAAAAACAUGCAAAAUCAGUACACUGGUACUGAAGCCAAUAUUGCUCAGCAGGCACAUGGCUUAUUGGUUGAAGCAACAGGGUUUUAGAUGAACAUUAAGUACAGUAUUUAUACUGAAAAUGGUUCUGACUGAGCAGUAGGUCAGACGAUGGCUGGGAAUGAGAAGUGGGGAGUGGUGGUGGACGGACGAUGAGAGUCCAGCAUUUAUUGAUUCAGAGGAAACUUGGAAAUAAACAGCAAGAUUCACCAAGACCAGAGGAACCUUGACCAAACUGGUAAACAUUCGAUUAUAACACUUGAAGAGACUCCAUUGUGUGGCAAUUGGUGGAUUUUCUUCAGGAAGGAGAUGGAAGUAGUGAAGUGAAGAUGAAUAGUAAAAUGUAUCCCUCCAUCAAGACAUUUAAUGAAAGCUUUAAGUUUUAAUAUUUUUGCAAACCAGCUGGAUAUCUGGUUUAGGAAUGGUGAUUUUACCUUGCAACUAUUGGUGACCUUCCACUGUCAUCCAUGGUGAUCUUCACUGACCCCUCCCUCACUUUGGGUCUUGAGGAAUUGUCCUCUGCCAUUCAAGCCCCAUCCUUAAAUGUUCAUUUUUGCCGGUUAUCAUUGUCAUCAGUAAUUUGCACGUGAGAAAGUUCAACGGGAUGACAUUCGGAUCGGCACAUCGCAAUUUGAACUUUGCAAAGUAAUGAAGUGAAAAGUCUAAUGUUUUAAACAUUUCGCCAAAGCCAUUGAAAUGUAUAAAUGGUGCUGAAACAGUAACCAGUGAAGGGAUGCUGCACUGAAACAAACAGCAAACCUCCACCCAGACUUGCUUCCCAAAGGGUGAACAGAGGAUUUUACAAACUGCAAAGGAGGAGGCAGAGACAAAAUAAAUACCAACAAUAGAUCAAAGACUUGUCCGUGUAUAAAUUGCUUGGACCAGGCAUUGUGUAUAUUCACUGAAUUGCACUAAAAAGGGACCAGUCAUACACUAAGUCAACAAGGCUCAAAUCAAGCUGGAUCUGUCAAGGAGAUUUCGUGCCUGCUACAUCAGCUCACCACAGGUAAUUAAUUAUUGUCCUUGAAAUUGCCCCUAGGGGCAGCACCAACUGCGUUCUAGGUUGUAAAUGAUCUGCAUGUUUGUGUAAUGAUAUCAGGUGGAGACCAUUUCACCCGUAAUUAACAAGUGUUUUUGUAGGUCAGGUUCUGUGAACUGAACUGAUUCAUUUUUUGGGGAAUCAAAAGAAAAAUAUCAGGUGCUGUUUGCACUGGGGAUGGGAAAAGGGGGUUGUUUAUCAGAGGGAAGUGAUAGAAGAGUUUGUGAAAUAUUUAUGUAUUUAAUUGAAUUAAUCUUCAGAAUUACUUGUAUCUGCAUUGAAGGGGCAGCUUCUAAGUUUGGAUCUGCUGAAAGGCCACUCUGUACAUUUGUAAGGAACAUUGGGGUUGUCAUGAAAGAGUUUUCAGGGCUUAUAACGAGUGCCUUCGUCAGAAUAAACUACUCUGUAUUAAUGCCAGGAUAACGUGGGAGCAGUUUAUACAAACAAACUCCAGGGCAGACAGUGUGAGAGGCCCCAAAGUUAAAAUGCUCCUCUCCUGUGCUCAUCUCUAACAUCUUUAAUCAUUUUUAUCAGCCAAAAAAGCACUGGUCCCUUGUUGCAUUGUGCUUCCAUUACAGGCUUUAGCCAGAAUCUCCUCCUCAUCCUGCCAUUGUGGAUCAUUUCUUCUAUUUCAAAGAAGUAAUAAUGAUUGACACAAUAAUUAUACAGAUGAAAAACCAGACUUUGGUUGUUGACCAUCUGUUUAUAAUCAACAGGAAGUCCUUAGUCAGUUUGGAGAGAAUUCCUGUAACGUUAACUGCCUUCUCAAUAAAGAACAAACGGCUACUUUAUUUCUGAUCUCAGUAGUCAGGAGAUUGGGACCAAUCAAUAGAUAAUUUUAAUCACAUGAAGCUUUCAUGUGAAAUUGGUGGUGAUUUUUGCAUGAGACUGUAGUGAAUCAUAAUGAGUGGUGUCUCCCACCCUGAGAUGGCUCGUGUGAACAUACAUGACUGUUCUUGCUUGUAAUUCCUCGGCACUGUGACUGUAGUGCUCGUUCGGCUGUACCAACCUACGUUAAUAGGUUCAUAUUAUCUAUAAAUAAAUUUUUUAAUAUAAAUAAGUGUCUUGUGCAUGACGUCAAUGCGUAAUUUCAAUGUGUGAUCGACUUUCAAGACAGAGGGCAAAUCCUGUCCAGUCCAUUUAUGACAAUCCUAAGAUCAGCCUCCCUGAACUUAUGACUGAUUAGUAAAUAACACACGUAAUGCUAGGUAGGGCUGCUUACUUUCAGAAUGUCAGGUAGGGAUCAGCAAUAGUAUGUAGGAAUUGAUUCACUCCUACUCUAGAGCAUUGAAUCCUAUACAAAGCCAAUAGUGCAGUACCCUG